AUGGAAAAUAUUACUUCUACAGCAAUUGGCAUUGACCUUGGGACGACGAACUCUUGCGUUGCAGUUUGGAAAAACGGACAGAUUCAAAUUGCACCUAGUGAGAUGGGAACCCGAACUACUCCUUCUGUUGUGUCAUUUACAGACAGUGAGAGAAUCAUUGGAGUAGCGGCAAAGAAACGUAUGCGCUCAAACUAUCAAAAUACGGUAUAUGACACGAAGAGACUUAUUGGUCAUGCGUACAAAGAUGCUGAAGUGCAGAGCGAUAUGAAAAUGUGGCCGUUCAAGGUGACAGAAAGUGUGGAGGGAAAACCAGUGAUUAAUGUUAUGUAUAAGAAGGAAGCGAAGGUGUUCAGUCCUGAGCAGAUUAGUGCAAUGAUUCUCGAGAAGAUGAAGAAGCAAGCCGAAGCUUUUCUUGAUGCUAAGGUAACAAGCGCUGUAAUCACCGUUCCUGCGUACUUCAAUGAUAGCCAGAGACAGGCUACAAAGGACGCUGCAACAAUUGCGGGUCUAAACGUCCUCCGUAUUCUGAAUGAACCCUCUGCCGCUGCCUUUGCUUAUGUUUUUGAGAACCAGCACUCGGAUAAAAACAUUUUAAUUUAUGAUCUUGGAGGUGGUACUUUUGAUGUCUCCAUUUUGGCUUUGAGAAAUGGAAAUUUUGAGGUGGUUUCAUGCAAUGGCGAUAGUCAUUUGGGAGGUGAUGAUUUUGACAAUAACCUUGCCAAGUAUGUAAUGGACCAGUAUUGCAAAGAGAAGGACGAGGAUAUUCGCUCGAAUCGGCGAUGGAAAGCUCGAGUGAAGGAUGCUUGCGAGAACUGCAAGCAGGAGCUUUCCUUUGCGACUACCUCUCGCAUUGAAUUUGAGGAAUAUGAUUUUGAGUGCACCAUCAGUCGUUUUCUGUUCGAAGAUCUGAAUAGUGCCCUCUUUAAAAAGACGAUUUCGAUCGUGGACAAAACGCUGCGCGAUGCAAGUCUCAGCAAGGACGCUAUUCAUGAAGUAGUGUUGGUCGGUGGCUCAACUCGAAUUCCCAAGAUUCAGGAACUGCUCUCGAAUUGCUUCCCUCACAGCAAGGUCUGCAAGAGCAUCAAUCCCGACGAAGCUGUUGCCAUGGGCGCUCUGAUUAUGGCACAGAAGCUGGACAAAGACCACGACUCAGCGGCAGAGCAGGUGUUCGAUAAGAUCGAUAUCUUGGAUUGUACUCCCCUUUCUCUUGGAGUGGAAACUGUUGGGGGUGUGAUGAGCGUGAUGAUUCCUCGGAAUACUCGCAUUCCGACCACUUUUACGGAUGUGUACACGACUCCUACAGACAAUCAGUCGACCGUAGAGAUCAAGGUGUAUCAGGGAGAGCGACUCUUAACGCGCGAUAAUUGUCUUCUAGGAAAGUUUACGAUCUCGGAUAUUCCUCUGAUGCGGGCCGACGAGCCGAUCAUUGAGAUCACCUUCUACAUCGAUGAAAACAACAUUUUAGAUGUGUCUGCAGUGGAGAAGAGCAGUGGAAAGCAGAGCAAGAUCCUCAUCGACAACGCCAAUACGAAUCUAUCGCAACAGCAAAUCCAAUCCAUGAUCGAAACAGCAGAGAUGUUCCGGCAGGACGAUGAGGAAAACGCGAAGAAACUGGGGUACAUCAAUGAGCUCGAGAACUUGGUGCGAAGAAUCAGCUCCUUACUAGAAGAAAAAGAAGAGUCGCUUCCUGCGGAUGCGAAGAAGAACUUCCAAUUAAACUUGGAUAAGUUGCAAGACUUCUUAUAUGCCUGCGGAAGUGCAGAGAUGAACGAUGUCAUUGCCUGGAUAAAUGUCGCACGUCAGCAAUAUUCUCUUCUAACAUCGUGCUAGUUAUUAUCUGUGUUUUUCGUAAAGGGAGUUAGUUAUCUUCACGGAUAGAA